UAUCCUAGAAAACAUAGAUAUUGAUAACAAACCAUCCUUUUUUUUUUACGUUACAUGGUUGCUGAAUCUUUCAUCAAUGGCAAAAUAUCUUGGAAAAGAAGAGGAUGCUGAGGUCGAGCUUGAGCUAUGUCUUUCUCUGGGAGGUCCUUUCAAGAAAGCAGAGAAAGCACAACCGUUAGAGUUCCGUACGCAUAGAAAACCUAACACCGUCAGAUGUGUGGAGAACAUUGACGUUGGUCUUAAUGACAGAAUGGUGAAGCAUGAGAUCAGUGCGACGAUGAUAAACGAGACAAGGAAGAAACUGGAAGCGGAGCAGCAGAUAAGUGGAGAAGGAGAAUGCAAGAGGACAAAAACAGAACACAAAGAAGUCACUAACGGCGUGGAGUUUGAUUUGAGCUUCAGUGGAUUGGGCAACAGGUACGGGUCGGGUCAAUACAAGGUCAUCAGUAAACCUGCAGCAGUCGGGUCACCCAUUUGCAGCUCGUCCGACGUAUCCGAUCUGAGCAGCUCCUCUCGCCAAGAAGGUGGAAGUUGCGAACUUGGGGUAAAUUCUGGCCAAACCAAACCGGUUAAAUCUCCGGUUAACAACAUUUUAACCGGGAGCACGGACGGUUCAAAUGAGAACCGACAAGGGUCCAAUUCUGUAGCCAAAGAGACAGGGAAACCUCCAAAGCCGCGUUCUAACGGUAACAAAGUUAACGGCAGUAUGCUUCCGUUUGCUCAGAUGCCGUGCGUGACUAGCACCGGUAACGGACCCGAGGGCAAAACUGUUAAUGGGUUUCUGUAUCGGUACUCGAACUCAGAGGUCACUAUAAUCUGCGUCUGUCACGGAACGUCAUUCUCGCCGGCUGAGUUCAUCAUCCACGCUGGUGGGACGCAUGUCUCGCAUCCGUUAAGGCAUAUAACUGUUGUUCCGACAAAGUUUUAGAAACAUUUUCCUUUUCUUGGUUACCUUUGUGUGUUGUGGUUUUUGUGUAUAUAUUUAGAUGACGGUCCCUUUUCUCGAGUUCAAAGGGGACUCUUA